AUGUCGUCGGAAGAGGACAAGAGCGGGGAGCAGCCCCAGCCGCCGCCGCCGCCGCCGCCGCCGCCGCCCCCUGAGGAGCCCGGAGCCCCGGCGGCCCCGAGCCCCGCAGCCGCAGACAAAAGACCUCGGGGCCGGCCUCGCAAAGAUGGCGCUUCCCCUUUCCAGAGAGCCAGAAAGAAGCCUCGAAACAGAGGAAAAACUACAGUGGAGGAUGAUGAUAGCACGGAUGGGUUGGAGGCAGCAGAAACAGAAAACACCGUUGAAACAGAAGUCAAAGAACAAUCUGCAGAAGAGGAUGGUGAAACAGAAGUGGACAGCAACAAGCAGCUAACACCAGCUCUCCAGCGCUCAGUGUCUGAGGAAUCCACCAGCUCUACUGUAUCUGUUGGAGUAGAGGCUAAAAUCAGUGAACAACUGUGUGUUUUUUGUUACUGUGGUGAGAGAAGCUCAUUAGGACAAGGAGAAUUAAAACAGUUCAGUCCAACACCAGAAUUCAUCACACCCUGGAAAAAACAACCUCUGAACAGGAAGGAUAUCAAUGACAACAGCGAUGGAACCAGUGAAAAAAUACAAAAUUUAGUGCCACGUAAACAAAGAGGACAGAGAAAAGAACGAUCUCCUCGACAAAGUAUAGCAUCAUAUGUAAGUGUAAGCACCCAAACUGCUUCAGAUGAUCAGACUGGUAAAUUGUGGGACGAACUCAGUCUGGUUGGCCUUCCAGAUGACAUCGACUUCCAAGCCUUAUUCGAGUCUACAGGUCACUUUUGGGCUCAUCACCGUUGUGCAGAAUGGUCUCUGGGAGUAUGCCAGACUGAAGAACAGGCAUUAAUGAACGUGGACAAAGCUGUUGUCUCAGGGAGCACAGAACGAUGUGCAUUUUGUAAGCACCUUGGAGCCACUAUCAAAUGCUGUGAAGAAAAAUGUACCCAGAUGUACCAUUACCCUUGUGCUGCUGGAGCAGGCACUUUUCAGGAUAUCAGUAAUUUCUCCCUUCUUUGUCCAGAACACAUUGAACAGGCUCCUGAAAGAUCAAAAGAAGAAGCAAACUGCUCAGUGUGUGACAGUCCUGGAGACCUUGGAGAUCAAUUCUUUUGUACUACUUGUGGCCAGCAUUACCAUGGAAUGUGCCUGGACAUAACAGUCACAGCAUUAAAAAGAGCAGGUUGGCAAUGUCCCGAUUGCAAAGUAUGCCAGAACUGCAAGCACUCUGGAGAAGAUAGCAAGAUGCUGGUAUGUGAUACGUGCGACAAAGGGUAUCAUACCUUUUGUCUUCAACCAGUAAUGGAUUCAGUACCAACAAAUGGCUGGAAAUGCAAAAACUGCAGAAUAUGUGCAGCAUGUGGCACUCGAACCAGCUCUCAGUGGCACCACAAUUGCUUAGUUUGUGACAAUUGUUAUCAACAUCAAGAUAAUAUGGCCUGCCCUUUCUGUGGAAAGUGCUACCAACCAGACUUGCAGAAAGAUAUGUUGCAUUGUCACAUGUGUAAAAGAUGGAUUCAUAUAGAAUGUGACAAACCAGCAGAUACUGAAUUAGAUUCACAGAUAAAAGAAGAGUAUGUCUGCAUGUAUUGUAAACAGUUAGGAGAUAUGGAUCCAGUACAACCUUGUGAUGAUUCGGGGACUUCUGAACUAAUUCCCCAGCCUGGUACAGAGUGUGCUAAUGAAAUGGAAACAGAAGGAGUUGAUGAGAGUUUGGUGUUUAUGGACCAAGCUGUGAGAAGCAGUUCUUUAGAUCAAGACCCAAUGCAUGAAAUUGUUCCAGUUGCAGCUAUCCAUGAUUGUGAUGAAGAACAGAGUAAUAUCAAGACUAUCAAUCCAUCAGUAACACUUAUAACAGGCAGUCCUCUAAUUCCUGAUCCCACACAGGAUAAAUUAGGUGCCGAAGUGCAAAGUGAAGCUUUGCAUCAGAUUGAUAAAGAUGAAAUGGAAAUGUCUGACAAAAUGGUGCAAUCUUAUGAUGAAGAUCAAAAUGAAAAUAAGAUGAAAGUGACGGAAAAUGAUGAUCCUCUGUCAAAGUCAGAGGCUUCCCCAAAAGAUGAGGAAUCACAGUCAAUACAGGAAUCCAAGGCAGUAGCAUCCUCUGAAGAAUCACCAUCUCCACAGUCAACACCUGAAAAUGUCAUUACAGUAUCAGAAGAUUUGCCUUCCACAUGCAAAGAAAAAACUGUUUUAAUUGAAGAGAUGGACUUGGGAAUAGACAAGGUUCAGGGAGAAAUGGAAAAAGAUGAAAUCUGUAAAGUUUCGUCAGGUAUUGUGGAAAUGGAAUGCCUCCCCACAUUUGAUGAUUGUUUAAAAGUUGGUUCACCUCUAGAAGACAAACCCAUAAAAUCACCAUCGGAAACAGAUUUAGCAUUUUCAUCAGCAGUAGAUAUAAGCAAGACAAAUAUAUGUUCCUCUUCCAUAGUUUCUUUAGACUUGACUUCUGCAAAUGACAUGCUUCACAGUGAACCUUCAAAUUUACAUUCUUCUGCUGGAAACAUUAUGCCAACAACCUAUAUCUCAGUCACUCCAAAAAUUGGCAUGGGUAAACCAGCUAUUACCAAAAGAAAGUUUUCGCCAGGUAGACCACGAUCAAAACAGGGGGCUUGGAGUACCAAUAAUACAGUGAGCCCACCUUCCUGGUCCCCAGACAUAUCCGAAGGCCGGGAAAUUUUUAAAUCCAGACAGCUUACUGGCAGUGCCAUUUGGAGCAUCAAAGUGGGUCGUGGAUCUGGCUUCCCUGGAAAACGAAGACCACGAGGUGCAGGACUUUCAGGACGAGGGGGACGAGGCAGAUCCAAACUCAAAAGUGGGAUUGGAGCUCUGGUUCUUCCAGGGGUCACUUCUGUGGAUAUUUUAUCAAGCAAGGAUGAAGAAGAAAACUCCAUGCAUAAUACAGUAGUCUUAUUUUCUAGCAGUGACAAGUUCACUUUACAUCAGGAUAUGUGUGUUGUUUGUGGAAGCUUUGGCCAAGGGGCAGAAGGAAGGCUACUUGCAUGUUCUCAGUGUGGUCAGUGUUACCAUCCAUACUGUGUCAGUAUUAAGAUCACCAAAGUUGUACUUAGUAAAGGCUGGAGAUGUCUUGAAUGCACAGUUUGUGAAGCCUGUGGUAAGGCUACUGAUCCAGGACGACUCCUUCUUUGUGAUGACUGUGACAUAAGCUAUCAUACUUACUGCCUGGAUCCUCCAUUGCAAACAGUUCCCAAAGGAGGCUGGAAGUGUAAAUGGUGUGUUUGGUGCAGACAUUGUGGAGCAACAUCUCCAGGUCCACGAUGUGAAUGGCAAAAUAAUUAUACCCAAUGUGCCCCCUGUGCAAGUUUAUCUACCUGCCCAGUCUGCUCUCGAAAUUAUAGGGAAGAGGAUCUUAUUCUGCAGUGCAGACAGUGUGACAGGUGGAUGCAUGCUGUCUGCCAGAAUCUAAAUACUGAGGAUGAAGUAGAAAAUGUAGCUGAUCUUGGUUUUGAUUGUACUAUGUGCAGACCCUAUAUUCCUACAGCAAAUGUGCCUUCCUCAGACUGCUGUGAAUCAUCAAUUGUAGCACAAAUUGUUACAAAAGUAAAAGAGCUAGAUCCCCCGAAGACCUAUACACAGGAUGGAGUUUGUUUGACUGAAUCAGGAAUGUCUCAGUUACAGAGCCUCACAGUUACAGUUCCAAGAAAAAAACGAUCUAAACCAAAGUUGAAACUAAAGAUCAUAAACCAGAAUAGUGUAGCUGUUCUCCAAACACCCCCAGACAUCCAAUCAGAACAUUCAAGGGAUGGUGAAAUGGAUGACAGUAGAGAAGGUGAUCUUAUGGAUUGUGAUGGGAAGUCAGAUUCUAGUCCUGAGCGUGAAGCUGUGGAUGAUGACACUAAGGGUGCAGAAGGAACUGAUGGUGUCAAAAAAAGAAAAAGAAAACCAUAUAGACCAGGUAUUGGUGGCUUCAUGGUACGCCAAAGAAGUAGAACUGGGCAAGGAAAAAUGAAACGAUCUUUGACCAGAAAAGAUUCCUCAGGCUCUGUUUCUGAACAGUUAACUGUCAGAGAUGAUGGUUGGAGUGAACAGUUACCAGACACUCUGGUUGAUGAAUCUAUUCCUAUCUCUGACAGCACUGAGAAAAUAAAGAAGAGAUAUAGAAAGAAGAAAAAUAAGCUUGAAGAAACUUUCCCUGCAUAUCUGCAGGAAGCCUUCUUUGGAAAAGACCUUCUAGAUACAAGUAGGCAAAACAAGCUGUGCCUAGAAGAAUCAGCAUCUCAACUUACAUGUAAAACUAAUGUGAACACAAACUUUUUAGAUCCAAAUUCUGACCCCCUUCUCAGCUCAACCUCAACUCCAGUGAAACCAGGAACUCAAGGUAAUGCAGAUGAUCCAUUAGCUGACCUCUCAGAAGUGUUAAACACAGAAGAUGACAUCCUAGGAAUACUUUCUGAUGAUUUAGUAAAAUCUGCAGAUCAUUCAGGUCUUGAUUUAUGCACUUUCCAGGUUGAGAACUCACCUUCCCCAUUUGCUGGCCUAGAUAUUGGUUCCAUCUCUGAUGAUCCUUCCUCUUUGCCUCAGCCAAAUGUUAAUCAGAGUUCAAGGCCAUUGAGUGAAGAGCAACUAGAUGGCAUCCUCAGUCCUGAACUAGACAAAAUGGUCACAGAUGGAGCAAUUCUUGGAAAAUUAUAUAAGAUUCCAGAGCUUGGAGGGAAAGAUGUUGAAGACUUGUUCACUGCCGUACUGAGUCCUGCUACUACUCAGCCAACCCCACUGCCACAACCUCCACCACCACCACCACAGUUAAUUCCAUUACAUAAUCAGGGAGAUGGUGUUUUUUCUCGCAUGCCACUUAUAAAUGGCCUUAUUGGACCUAACCCUCACCUCCCACAUCCUGGGAAUGGAUUAGGACCUUUCUCUUCUAUAACACAGUCCCCAUAUACUGAUACCAGGGACAAAAAUCCUGUCUUGAAUCAAAUGGGGAGUGAUCCCCAUAGUUCCUGGCCAUCAUCAGCUCCAACUAUGGAAGGAGAAGGCGAUACUUUGUCUAACACCCAGAGAAGUACUCUUAAGUGGGAGAAAGAAGAGGCGUUGGGUGAAAUAGCAACAGUGGCACCUGUUCUCUAUACCAACAUCAACUUUCCCAACCUCAAGGAAGAAUUCCCAGAUUGGGCCACAAGAGUGAAGCAGAUUGCUAAAUUGUGGAGAAAAGCAAGUUCGCAGGAAAGAGCUCCAUAUGUGCAAAAAGCCAGAGAUAAUAGAGCUGCUCAACGUAUUAAUAAAGUGCAAAUGUCAAAUGAUUCCAUGAAGAGGCAGCAACAGCAGGAUAAUAUCGAUCCUAGUGCUCGUAUUGACUCGGAUCUGUUUAAAGAUCCGUUGAAGCAAAGAGAAUCUGAACAUGAGCAGGAAUGGAAAUUCAGACAGCAAAUGCGUCAGAAAAGUAAACAGCAAGCAAAAAUUGAAGCCACACAGAAGCUUGAACAAGUGAAAAAUGAACAGCAGCAGCAGCAGCAACAGCAACAACAACAGUUUGGUUCCCAACCCCUUGUAAAUCAGUCUGGGUCAGAUACACCUAGCAGUGGGAUUCAAAGCCCUUUAACACCUCAGCCUGGUAAUGGAAGUAUGUCUCCUGCACAGUCAUUCCACAAAGAUCUGUUUACAAAACCACAACUCCCUGCACCCCCAACUACAGCAUCUUCAGAUGAUGUAUUUCUCAAGCCCCAAGCACCACCUCCUCCACCGGCCCCUGUCCGUCUCCCAGUUCAGGAAGCCCUUCCUCAGUCUCAGACUCUUCAGUCAUCUUCGCCACACAUUUUUUCGUCAGGUUCUUCAAGCACACGACCCCCUUCUCCAGUGGAUCCUUAUGCUAAAAUGGUGGGAACCCCUAGACCACCUCCAGGGGCUCAGAACUUUCCUAGAAGGAAUUCUGGUAUAUCAGUUGAAACCUGCACCACUCCCUUAUCUCGAUCCAUUCAAGUAACUGAGACAACAGCAAGUAGGCUUUCUUCUGUCAGGGAUGUGUGUUCUUCCUCAUCAGCUAGUAGUGACCCCUAUGCAAAACCCCCAGACACACCCAGGCCUGUAGUGACUGAUCAGUUUUCUAAACCUUUGGGUAUACCGAGGUCUUCCAUUGUCAUGGAACAAACUGGAAAAAGUCCUUUAACAGCUGGAACUAAUGACCCUUUCACUAAACCAUCUCCUAGGACUGACAGGUUUCAAAGACAACGAAUACCUGAUCCAUAUACGCGACCCCCACUGACACCUGCCCCUGUUGAUAGUAGUGCUGGACCUUUUAAGCCUCCAAUGCACCCGCCUCAAUCCCCACAAGAUCCUUUUGGAUCAGUGCCACAAACAUCAAGACGAAUGUCUGUUGAUCCCUAUGAAAGGCCUGUUCUGACACCAAGGCCAGUCGACAGUUUUUCCCAUAAUCAGUCUAAUGAUCCAUAUAUCCAGCCUCCCCAUACUCCACAUCCUGCAAUGAAUGACUCUUUUGCCCACCCUUCAAGGUCUUUUUCUCAGUCUGGGGCUAUGUCCCGGCAGACUUCUCAGGACCCUUAUUCCCAGCCUCCAGGAACUCCUCACCCUCUUGCAGAUGCUUUUUCCCAAUCCUCAGGAACACCUCGGCCCAUUAAGGAUCCCUAUUCCCAACCUCCUGCAACUGCACGGCCCACCAAUAUUGAUCCAUAUAUUCAGCAGUCUUCUACACCCAUACCCCCUGCACAGACAGAUUUAUUUGUUCCAUCACCAAGUAAUCAAAGGCAUUCUGACCCUUAUGCUCACCCUCCUGGAACACCAAGACCUACCCUCACUGGUCCUUAUUCACAGGUGUCAGCCCCGCCAAGAGCAGGCAUUCCAGAAAGUUUUACCAGAUCCCCAUUGACAAGACCAGGGCUCAUGCCAAAUCAAGAUGCUUUCCUUCAGGCAGCACAAAACAGAGGGCCAGCUUUACCAGGAACUUUUGUAAGGCCAUCAGAUACAUGUUCUCAAACACCAAGGCCACCGGGCCCUGCUUUGUCAGAAACAUUUAGCCAUGUUCCACCAUCCCCAGCUCAUGACCCUUAUGAUCAGCCUCCAAUGACUCCAAGACCUCAGUCUGAUUCUUUUGGAACUAGUCAAAUUAGCCAUGAUGUUGUUGAUCAACAAAGACAAGGAUCAGAAGGGAAUUUUAAUGCAUCUUCAAAUUCUCCAAUGAAUUCUCAAGGACAGCAAUUUUCUACUAUCCCUCAAAUCCCUGGUCCUGCACCAACAUUAGCAGGAACAGAUACACAGAAUACCAUAAAUAUGUCUCCAGCAGAUACAGAAAAACUCAGACAGAGGCAGAAGUUGCGUGAAAUCAUUCUUCAGCAGCAACAACAGAAAAAAAAUGCUAUCCGGCAAGAAAAAGGAUUACAAGACACUGGGUCUUUGCAACACUGGCAACCAGAAAAUCUCAAUCAGAUUUUUAAUAGGCCACCACCUCCUUAUCCUGGGAAUAUUAGAUCUCCUGUUGUUCCACCUGGAGGACCUCGAUUUCCUCUUUUCCCAAAAGAGCAACGAGGACCAUUUCCUUCUGAUGUUACUGGCAUGGGAAUGAGGCAUCAUGGGCUAAGAUUUGGAUUCCCAGGUGGGGGCCAUGGUCCACCAUCAAGUCAGGAACGUUUCCUUGUGCCCCCUCAGCAAAUGCAGGGCCCAGGAGUUCCACCACAGCUUCGAAGAUCAAUGUCUGUAGAUAUACCCAGGCCCAUGAACAACUCACAGAUGAAUAAUCCAGUUGGAAUUGCUCAGCAUUUUCCACCACAGGGUAUGCAAGUUCAACAGCAUAACAUAUUGGGUCAAGCAUUUAUAGAAUUGCGUCACCGAGUCCCAGAUGCAAGACCACGGCUUCCCUUCAGCAUUUCUGCUAAUAAUGUCAUGGAGCAAACUUCCCAACACCAUAGACAUGGAAACCUUGUACCACGGCCAGAUUUCCAAGGUCCAAGACAUACAGAUCCAGUGAGGCGGACAGCCCAAUGUGUAACUAAUCAGUUACCAAUGCCUACAAAUUUGGACCAUAUACCACCAUCUCAACAAGAGUCAGGCCAAACUGUCCAUCCAUCUUCUCUGGCCAUGCGUUCUCUGAGUCAUCCCCCAGGAAAUGAUUUUGUCGGGACUUCUCUGUCAACUCCAAUAUCUGCUGAUGAAUCUAGUAAUUUACAAAUGGCCAGCCAGCCACCUGAUAGCCUAGAAGAAAAGCUUGAUCCUGAUGAUCCCACUGUCAAAGAUCUAGAUGUCAAAGAUCUUGAGGGGGUUGAAGUCAAAGACUUGGAUGAUGAAGAUCUUGAAAAUUUAAAUCUGGAUCCAGAGGAUGGCAAAGGAGAUGAAUUAGAUACCUUAGGUAAUUUGGAAACAAAUGAUCCCAACCUUGAUGAUCUCUUGAGAUCAGGAGAAUUUGAUAUUAUUGCAUACACAGAUCCUGAACUUGAUCUGGGUGAUAAGAAAAGUAUGUUUAAUGAGGAACUGGAUCUAAAUGUCCCAAUUGAUGAUAAAUUAGAUAUGCAGUGCAAAGCUGAUGAACCAAAAAAGAAUGAAAAAAUUGGCGAGACUGUAGUCUCUUCUGACAAACACUCUCCAAAGAAAAAAUCUACUGUUAUCAGUGAGAUCAAAACAGAAGUACUCUCUCCAAAUUCACAAGAGGAAGCAAAAUCUGAAAAAGAGAAAAGUGAGAGUGCAAGUACUGCCUGCACUCAGCUGUCUACAGAAAUUGAAGGAAAUGGAGGAGAAAAGACUUCAACAUCUUGCAAUCAGGAUCUAAUUGAUAAUAGGACUAAUCAGGAAACUGUUGGGUCAAACACAAAUGUACAAGGAUCCACUCAAAUGCCUACACAAGAUGUAAUAAGUGCCUGUAGCAUAACUGAAUCUACUCCAGUUCUCUCAAGUUUACUUGCUAAUGAGAAAUCUGAUAAUUCUGACAUACAGCCAUUGGCAUCUCCUCCACCUUCUUUGCCAGCUACUCAGUCUAAUCAUGUGUCAAGUUUGCCCACAACUUUAAUGCCACCUUCUGGACCAGUUUUAGACCACACAAUGAAUUCUAAUAUGACUGUGGUCUCCAGAAUGAACCAUACUUUUUCUCAAGGUAUGACUAUAAAUCCUGGAUUUAUCCACAGUCAAUCUGGAAAUCACAGUUUUGGGACAGGACAACCUAAUAAUCAAGUUGUUCCUGUAGCAAAUCCAUCUGGUCCAAGUGGCAUGUCUGGUCCUCAGCAGUUGCUCCUUCCUCAGGCAUUAGCCCAGCAAAAUAGAGAAAGACCUCUUCUUCUAGAAGAACAACCACUCCUUCUCCAGGAUCUUUUGGAUCAAGAAAGGCAGGAACAGCAACAGCAGAGGCAGAUGCAAGCCAUGAUUCGCCAGCGAUCUGAACCAUUCUUCCCUAAUAUUGAUUUUGAUGCAAUCACAGAUCCUAUAAUGAAAGCAAAAAUGGUAGCUCUUAAAGGGAUUAAUAAAGUAAUGGCUCAAAACAACAUGGGGAUGCCACCAAUGGUUAUGAACAGGUUCCCCUUUAUGUCUGGGACACAGAGUGGAGAAGGCCAGAAUCUUCCCCAGCAGGCUAUUGCUCAGGAUGGCAGUUUAACACCUCAGAUUUCUAGGCCUAAUCCUCCAAAUUUUGGUCCAGGAUUUGUCAAUGAUUCGCAAAGAAAACAGUAUGAAGAAUGGCUUCAAGAAACCCAACAGCUUCUCCAGAUGCAGCAGAAAUAUCUUGAAGAACAAAUUGGACUGCAUAGAAAAUCUAAGAAGGCUCUUUCUGCUAAGCAACGCACUGCCAAAAAAGCUGGGAGAGAAUUCCCAGAAGAAGAUGCAGAACAACUGAAGCAUGUUACAGAGCAGCAGAGUAUGGUUCAAAAACGGCUAGAACAGAUUCGGAAACAACAAAAAGAACAUGCUGAACUCAUUGAGGAUUACCGAAUCAAGCAACAGCAGCAGUGUGCAAUGGCUCCACCUGUCUUGAUGCCAGGAGUCCAGCCUCAGCCCACAAUGGUUCCCGGAGGGUCACCAGCAGCAAUAAAUCAGCCAAAUUUUCCCAUAGCAUCACAGCAACUUCAACACCAACAACAUACAUCUAUUAUUCCUAAUCAAGCUAAUCCUUCAAGAAUGCCAAAUUUACCAGGUUGGCAGCCUACAAAUACCCCUCCUCGUCUCCCUCUAAAUGCUUCAAGAAUGCAGCCUCCAAUGCCUCCAAUACCUAUAAAGACUAAUGCUCCAGCCCCAGGUUCUACUCCAAAUUCAAAUCCACAGAGUGGCCCACCUCCUAGAGUAGAAUUUGAUGACAAUAACCCCUUCAGUGAAAGUUUUCAAGAGCGAGAACGUAAGGAACGUUUACGAGAGCAGCAAGAGAGGCAACGAAUUCAACUCAUGCAAGAAGUGGACCGGCAGAGAGUUUUGCAACAGAGGAUAGAAAUGGAACAGCAUGGCAUGAUGGGAUCAGAAUUGAAUAAUAGGUCUUUGUCCCAGAUUCCAUUUUUCAAUUCUGACUUACCCUGUGAUUUCAUACCACACCCUAGACCCCUUCAGCAGUCUCCACAACAUCAACAGCAAAUAGGACAGGUACUACAACAGCAAAGUAUGCAACAGGGAUCUGUGAAUUCACCCCCCAAUCAAACUUUUAUGCAGACCAAUGAACGACGGCAUAUAGGUCCCACCCCUUUUGCACCUGAUCCACCAGUUCUUGGUGGUGGUCCAAGUUUCCAUUCUGUCAAACAACCACAUGCAAAUCUUUCUGGGAACAAUUUUCCACAAGGCCAAAUAAGGCCCCCCUUUACUCCUGGGAUGCCAACCACACCACAGACAGCUAAUAGUGGUCCUCCGUGUGGUCAGGAGACUACUGUGCCUCAUGUACAAAACUAUCCAGGAUCGAGCCAGUCUCUUAUUCAGUUGUAUUCUGAUAUAAUUCCAGAAGAAAAAGGUAAAAAGAAAAGAAUAAGGAAAAAAAAGAAAGAUGAUGAUGCAGAGUCCACGAAGGCACCAUCAACUCCACAUUCAGAUAUAACUGCCCCACCAACUCCAAGUAUUUCAGAACCUACCUCAACCCCAACUGUGGUUACACCCAGUGAGCUUACUCCUCAUCUGGCAGAGCAAGAGUCUACAGAGCCCCUGGGCUCUUCAACUUCCAAUGAGGAGAUAAAUCAGCCAUCUUCAGAAUUGGAAGACAAUCUUUCCAGUAGUGGUUUUUCACAAAGAAAUCCACAUCAUCAGUCCAUUGCAGACUCGGAACCUGUAAAAUUCACCUCGGAAGUCCCUAAAAAUAUUCAAGAAAUUAAACUGGAAAAGGCUGAGGCAGACCAGUGCCCUAGCCAAACUGAGCCCAAACUGGAGGAUCAAACUGGCAUUAAAACAGAAGAAAAGGCUGUCUCAUCAGCCCAGAGUCCAACUCAGUUAGUGAGCGUUUCUUCCUUAAAAGGAGAUUCAGGGAAUGAACUUUUGAAACAUUUAUUGAAAAAUAAAAAGACAUCUUCCCUUUUAAAUAAAAAACCUGAAGACGGCUUGCAAUUAGAAGAAGAAAGUUCUGGGAAUAACAAGUUAAUAGAGAAGCAUAAAUUAGCUGAAGGUCUGCCAACUCCAGGAAGUCAGAUACAGGGUGGCCUUGGAUGUGGAAACAGCCUGCAGACCAAACCAGAUAUGCUUAGUGAAACCAAGAAGCAACGGAGCAAGCGGACUCAGAGGACUGGGGAAAAGGCAGCACCUCGUUCCAAGAAAAGAAAGAAGGAUGAAGAAGAAAAACAAUCUAUUUAUUCUAACACAGACACGUUUGCCCACUUGAAACAGCAGCUCUCUCUGCUUCCUCUAAUGGAACCAAUCAUUGGAGUGAACUUUGCACACUUUCUUCCUUAUGGCAGUGGCCAAUGUAAUAGUGGAAAUCGCCUUCUAGGAACUUUUGGCAGUGCCACCCUUGAAGGGGUCUCAGAUUAUUAUUCUCAAUUGAUCUACAAGCAGAAUAACUUGAGUAACCCUCCCACACCCCCGGCUUCUCUCCCUCCUACUCCUCCUCCUGUCACCUGUCAAAAGAUGGCAAAUGGCUUUGCAACCACUGAGGAACUUGCUGGCAGAGCUGGAAUGUUAGUGGGCCAUGAUGUUACUAAAGCUCUUGGGCCUAAACAGUUUCCACUGCCAUUCAAACCACAGGAUGACCUCCUGGUUAGAGCUAUGGCCCAAGGCCCCAAGACUGUGGAUGUUCCUGCUUCACUUCCAACACCUCCUCACAACAACCAAGAAGAAUUAAGGGUCCAGGAUCCCUGUCAUGAUAGGGACACUCCUGAGAGUUUUGUUCCCUCUUCUUCUCCUGAAAGUGUGGUAGGAAUGGAAAUAAGCAGGUAUCCAGACCUGUCAUUGGUCAAAGAAGAACCUCCAGAACCUGUUCCAUCUCCUGUCAUUCCAAUUUUGCCAAGCAGCAGUGGAAAAGGUUCAGAAGCCAGACAAAAUGAUAUAAAGGCUGAGCCUGGUUCAGGCACCCUAUUUUUCACAUCUCCAUUCGGCCCAUCCCAGAAUGGCCCUAAAUCUGGCCUUAUAUCUGUGGCAAUCACUCUCCAUCCCACAGCUGCUGAGAAUAUUAGUAGUGUUGUGGCUGCAUUUUCCGAUCUUCUUCACGUACGAAUUCCUAACAGUUAUGAGGUCAGUAAUGCUCCAGAUAUUCCUUCACACAUGGGCUUGAUAAAUGGUUCCCGUGUAAACCCUGGCUUAGAAUAUCGGCAGCAAUUACUCCCACAUGCUCCUCCACCAGUAUCCAUGAGCCAUGGAAGACUAGUAGCCUCUUACAAACUCAAACAACCAAAUAUGCCAUUUCCUCCAACAAGCAAUGGUCUAGCUGGUUAUAAGGAUCAUAACCAAAAUAUUGGUGAUAACUCUGCACUCAGACCACAGUGGUGUUGUCAUUGUAAAGUGGUCAUUCUUGGUAGUGGUGUUCGGAAUUCUUUUAAAGGUCCAGGCUUUCUGAAACAGGAUUCUCAAGAAAGCUCUGAUAGAGGGGAAAAGGACCUUGUAUUUUGUAGUAAUAACUGUUUUGUUCUUUAUUCAAAAACUGUUCAAGGAAAAAACUCAGAACACAAGGAUUCACUCCCUUCCUUGCCACACUCACCAACAAAAGAGAUGCCCCCUAAAGCAUUCCAUCAAUAUAAUACCAAUAUCUCCACUUUAGAUGUCCAUUGUCUCCCACAGCUUCAGGAAAAAGUCUCUCCCCCCGCAUCACCUCCCAUUACUUUCCCUCCUGCCUUGGAAGCAGCCAAAGUAGAGGCAAAGACAGAUGAACUGAAAGUAACAGUAAAAUUGAAACCUCGCCUGAGAGCCAUCCAUAGUGCUUUUGAUGAUUGUAGACCACUAAGUAAGAAAUGGAAAGGGAUGAAAUGGAAGAAAUGGAGCAUUCAUAUUGUAAUUCCCAAGGGGACUUUCAAACCACCUUGUGAAGAUGAAAUAGAUGAGUUUCUGAAAAAACGGGGCAAUUCCCUGAAACCUGACCCUGUGCCUAAAGACUAUAGGAAGUGUUGCUUUUGUCAUGAAGAAGGUGAUGGAUUAACUGAUGGGCCAGCAAGGCUGCUUAACCUUGACUUAGAUCUUUGGGUCCAUUUGAACUGUGCUCUUUGGUCCACAGAGGUCUAUGAGACACAAGCUGGUGCCUUAAUAAAUGUAGAACUGGCACUUCGGAGGGGCCUACAAAUGAAAUGUGUGUUUUGUCACAAAAUGGGCGCCACUGGUGGUUGUCACAGGUUUAGGUGCACCAACAUUUAUCACUUUACCUGUGCCAUUAAAGCACAAUGCAUGUUUUUUAAGGACAAAACCAUGCUUUGCCCCAUGCACAAGCCAAAGGGAACUCAUGAGCAAGAAUUAAGUUAUUUUGCAGUCUUUCGAAGGGUCUAUGUUCAGCGGGAUGAAGUCCGUCAGAUAGCUAGCAUUGUGCAGCGCGGGGAACGUGACCACACUUUCCGAGUAGGAAGCCUCAUCUUCCACACGAUUGGUCAGCUGUUACCGCAGCAGAUGCAAGCAUUCCAUUCUUCUAAAGCUCUUUUCCCUGUUGGAUAUGAAGCCAGCCGACUAUACUGGAGUAUGCGGUAUGCAAAUAGACGUUGUCGCUAUUUGUGUUCUAUUGAGGAGAAGGAUGGGCUUCCCAUGUUUGUGAUCAAGAUUGUGGAGCAAGGCCAUGAAGACCUUGUCCUUACUGAUACCUCUCCUAAAGGUGUUUGGGAUAAAAUUCUGGAGCCUGUUGCGUGUGUUCGAAAAGAAUCUGAAAUGCUUCAGCUCUUUCCUGGGUAUUUAAAAGGAGAAGAUCUAUUUGGUUUAACAGUUUCUGCCGUGGCAAGAAUAGCUGAAUCACUUCCUGGGGUUGAGGCAUGUGAAAACUAUACCUUCAGAUAUGGCCGAAAUCCUCUCAUGGAACUUCCUCUUGCCAUUAACCCCACGGGCUGUGCCCGUUCUGAACCUAAAAUGAGUACCCAUGUCAAGAGGUUUGUGUUAAGGCCUCACACCUUGAAUAGCACCAGCACCUCAAAAUCCUUUCAGAGCACAGUCACUGGAGAGUUGAAUGCCCCUUAUAGUAAACAGUUUGUCCAUUCUAAAUCCUCUCAAUACCGCAAAAUGAAGACUGAGUGGAAAUCCAAUGUGUAUUUAGCGCGGUCUAGGAUUCAGGGACUAGGCUUAUAUGCUGCUAGAGACAUUGAAAAGCACACCAUGGUCAUUGAAUACAUUGGAACCAUCAUCCGAAAUGAAGUAGCAAACAGAAAAGAGAAGCUUUAUGAGUCUCAGAAUCGGGGUGUUUACAUGUUCCGCAUUGAUAAUGAUCACGUCAUUGAUGCCACACUGACAGGAGGGCCUGCAAGGUAUAUCAACCAUUCAUGUGCACCUAAUUGUGUGGCUGAAGUGGUGACAUUUGAAAGAGGACAUAAAAUCAUCAUUAGUUCUAAUCGGAGAAUCCAAAAAGGGGAAGAACUUUGUUAUGACUAUAAGUUUGAUUUUGAAGAUGACCAGCACAAGAUUCCAUGUCACUGUGGAGCUGUAAACUGCCGAAAAUGGAUGAACUAGAAUGCAUUCCUUGAUAUCUCAGAGGGCUGCUUGACCCUAGGAAGACAUGAU